UUUCAUGAUACAACCGGCGACCUACACAAGGAGUAACCGCAUAUUUAAGGAGAUCUCUACAUAUGGUCAUUGCAAUUUGACCGAAAUCAUAGCGCUGCGGCUGAUCCAAUGCACCAGGCGCUAUGGGCUGCAAAGAGCAAGUGAUAGAUAACGUCCCUAUAUCAGAGAAGAAGGCAACGCUGCUCGAUCGCAUUGUUGAUUCCACCGAUAUAAGUAUUUUUUAUGUAACUAUUUUUAACCCUUUUUGUACAUUAAUAUCCAAUGUUUUGUAAAAAUGUAUUUAUGUAUAAUAGGUACAUAUAUUUUAUCUUAGAACGAAUAGGGACAUUAGUGUUUAUUAUCUUUCCAUCCUUCUCAGACACUGGGUUCAGAAAUGAUGAAUACAGAAGCUGAUUCAGAAAUUCUUUAUGUCACAGAUAAAAUGAAAACCAAACAACAGGUAGAAAAAAACAUAAAUACAGUUGACGAUGAGCGCUGUGAUCUCCAGGAACGAGAUGAGCUGGAGAUGCCAGAAAGACUAGGAUCAGAAAUUAUGGAUGUUGAAGCUGACUCAGAAAUUCUUCAGACUUCUGAUAUUGAAAACAACACAACAGAAAGUGUGUCACUUGCUACUGCCGAAGAUUGUAUGAAAUUGGAUACUUUUAAUACAAAGAAAGGAGAGGCAAGAAAAAGAAAAAAAUAUGUAGUGAAUGUUUAAACUGGUAAUAAUGAUACUAUUUUGCGAAUUAUAGGCAGUCCUUUGUCAGAUCAACGUGGUUCAUAUAAACGUAUAAAGGCCGAUCGUGACAUUAUCCAAAUCACAUUAAAAAAUAUUCACCAUGCGGGUCCCACUACAG